UUGGCCCAUGUUAAGAAGAUAUACGUAUAAGACAAACCGUGUUCUAUAAAUACUUUUGGGCCAUGUUAAAGAAAGUAUACGUAUUUGACAAACUGCUAGCUGGCAACUCCAUUACCAAGGAAAUACUGGGAAGGCCCGUCACCGCCCCCAUGGCCUCGGCAGACGCUCACUGCUCAGUGCUCAGUCACUAUAUAGUCCUUGCUCGUACCCGGUGUGUCUGCACCAGCAAACCCACUAACUAGACUGCUGUACGUGACACUCACUCUCGGGAACAUAGUCUGCAGGUUUGGAUUGUCAGGAUGGAUGAGAGUAGCUCCUCCACAUUCCCAUUGUUGAAUCAGAGUCCUGUGAGGCCCAAUCAGCAGCAACCACCACCACAGCAGCAGCAAUCACCAUCACAUCAGCAGCAGCAACAGUUGCAACAUCAUGUGGUGAACAUGGAUGACAAUAACAACAGCAGAGGUAGAAGGAGAACACCAGCCCUGGAGAGAGCAAUAUCAGUGCGAGAUCGUUGGGAGGAAACUGAAGUGUCGGUAACUCGCAAGUACAACAAUGAGUUGCUACAGAAAGCUGCUGAGAAUGAUUACAAGGCAUGUGAGGAGUUGCUGGAAAGUAAACAGGAGAAGGUCAGCGUGCAGGAUGAGGAGACCCAUGAAACUGCUCUCCACAUAGCUGCCAAAAAUGGUUGGAUAGAUCUUAUGCGACUGUUUCUAAGACAUGGGGCAGACUGUAAUGCAACAGACAGUUCUGGCAAAGCUCCGCUGCAUUUGGUAGCCACUAAGGACCACCUUGACUGUUGCCUAGAGCUACUGGAACGUCCAGAAUUAGACCUGAAUAUUAAGAACAAGAAAGAGGACAUGCCACUGCACCACGCAGCACGGGAGGGUCGUGAUCAGGUGUGUCUUGCCAUACUGGAGCACCGUGAUGUCCAGGUUGAUGCCCAGAAUAAGAAAGGCAUGACCCCUCUCCACAUUGCAGCCCAAGAGGAUCAUAGCACAGUGAUACGGCUAUUACUAAACAAAGGUGCCAGCUGGAAACAACGUGAUAAGUAUUCCUACAUGGCCCUCCACUACGCUGCCCUGAAGGGCUUUCCUGAGUCAUGUGAAGCUCUUCUGUCUGUCUCUGACAAUAGUGCAAGGGAAGCCCAGCUCAAGGCAACUUUGAGGGACCAGAAAACUCCCUUAAUGCUGGCUGCCAAGGGUGGACACCACAGGUGUUGUGUAAAGUUGGCUAAUGCAAACAUCAAUGCUCAAGACAAGGAGGGCAAUAGUGCUCUUUACUUUGCUGCUCGUGGAGGAUUUGACACCACUGUGACUAAGCUCCUUGAGUAUGGGGCAAACCCAAACAUUAUCAAUAAAAUGGGUAAUAGUGCCAUACAUGAAGCAGCAGGAAAGAAAAAAAAUAACUGUUUAAAGACCCUCAUUGAGAAGAAGGCCAAUGUGACUGUAGUCAACAAAGAAGGAAAAACUGUCCUUCACCAAGCAGCUGAAAAAAAUGCCCAGGACUGCCUUCUUUACCUUCUGGAUAUUCCAGAUGCAAAAAAGCUUUUAAACAGCAAAGACAAAGACUCCUGCACACCACUGCACAUCGCCAUCAAACGUGAGUCUGUGGAGUGUGCUAACUACCUCUUAGAACAAGGAGCUUCGCCCACAGAAGUGUGCAAGGGAGAAAUGACACCCCUUCAUUUGGCAGCUGACAAAGGAUACACAGCAGUCUGCGAAAAACUUCUCUCAUGUCCUCAAGUUAAUGUUAGCCAAGAAAACUCUAAUAAAGCAACGCCUCUCCACCUAGCGGCAAUGCAUGGUUCGACUGAUGUGUGUCAAAUGCUACUACGUAAGGGAGCAAGAGUAACAGCAGUGGAGGAAAAUGGCCGCACAGCUCUUCACAUUGCUUCAGUCAAGGGACAUAUCAGUGUUGUUAGAUUCCUCGCAAAGAGGGGCGUUCCACAGCGUGCCAAGGAUGAUACAGGCAGGACAGCUUUACAUUUAGCUGCUUCUAUAGGCUCUCUGGAGGGUUGCCGAGCAUUGGUAAAUAGUGCUAAAGCCUUGGUCUCAGAUGUAGACCAUGAUGGAAACCUGCCACUAGACACUGCAUUUGAGAAAAAGCAUGACACGGUGUUCAAGUUUCUCCUAGCACAGCUACCUUUCAAGAAACAAGAAUAUUGGGCUAUGAACCUCCACACCUACAUGCAUGAAGCACUGAAGGAAAAAAGACUAAUCGCCGUGGAGGCAAUCAUUGACAGUGCGUGGUGGGAAGCAGGAUUUUCCGGAGAAAAUGGCCACCACUGCCUGAACUUCAGGCUCUUGCUGGAGGAACACCCACGAUUGGCUCUCAAGGCCCAAAACAAGUGCAUCCAGCGGGAAGAUUCAAAUUCACCAGUAACAGUCACCUAUGACUUCAGGUUUUUUGAAGACAACUACUAUCUUGAAGGUACAGGUAAGGCAGCCAAGAGCCCCUAUGAUGAGGAAAGUAAAACUGUUGUAAAAGAAGCAAAGCAGUUCAUCAGUGAUGGCUUGGAGUGGAAGCGCAUACAUCCAGUGAGCAUAAUGGUUCAGCUCCAUCGCACACAUCUGUUGCACCACCCUCUCACCAAGGCUUGGCUUGUUGACAAAUGGAACCUUUACAUAUCCUACGUCUUCCUUGUGUUGCUCUUUAUUGAAAUGCUGUUUGUUACAGCUCUCACCAUCUUCAUGACAAAUACUGACGACUGGGCUCACAUAGAAAGGAAAUGUAACAUGACUAAAAACCAGUUCUGUGGCCUGUCUACAGUAUUACUUGGAAACUUCUCAACAGCAGAGAACACAAGUUUGCAAGAGGAAGGUGAUGGGCCUGUUGCUGUAGAUGGGGAACUUUACAAGUGUGGACCUAUGAAUGGGAAUGUUGCAGCAUUGCUCUUUCUUAUGAUGAUGACUUUCAUCAUUCUGUUGUUGGAGGGCAACAAUCUUUAUAGGCUGAAGUGUGAGUACUUCAGCAUGGAUAACUCAUUGAAGGUAGUGGAAGUCAUCUUAACUAUCAUCCUCCUGAUACCUCUGGGAGAAUGUGAAUUUCAUUACCAAGUUCUUCAUGAGCAGCAAUGGCAGUGUGGCAUCCUUGCAGUCCUCCUAGCAUGGCUACUGCUUAUAAGCAGACUCAACCAGCUCCCAGUCUUCUCUGUGUUCAUGCCUAUCACAACAAGCUUCAUCAAGAGCUUUGCCAAAGUACUCUCCUAUAUUCUGCUACUGUUGGCUCUAUUUGCAUAUAUCUUUCACUUGGUGCUCUCAGAUCAGAGUGCCUUUAUCAGUAUGCCUCAGGCAAUGGUAAAAAUCAUUGUUUGGUUACUGGGUGACUUGGCAUAUGAUGAUACUUUUCUCAGCUCAGAUCAUCCACUGGUUUACCCUGCUCUGGCAAAUUUUUUGUUUGUGAUGUUUGUUACAACAAUCAGUGGUUUUAUUGUGAAUCUUUUUAUCACCCAGCCCUCAGAAAAGCUUGAGGACUUCAGAAAACGCACAGCCUUCCACAAUGCAGCUUCACAGAGCAAGCUUGUGUUCCAGCUAGAUGUUUGUUUUCCUUACUUUAGGAAGCAGAGAACAAGGAUCACAGACACUACCACAGAAAAUGAAAAGAGUAAUUCCAAAAUAUUAUCCAAAAUACUUUUAAAAUUUUAUACUGCAGAGGAAGAGGCAGAGCUAGGUGAUCCCCUUUUAAAGAAACUUGAGGAGCAACACCAACAAAUUGCCCAAUUACUGAAUCUCCAUAUAGAGCACAAAGAAGAAAUAAGAGACCUCAAACAUCAGCUCAACUAUAUCAUGAGGAAUAUGUCAGGAACAAGGACAUUUGAAAGAUUUUGACCUGUAAAUCGAGAUAUUUAUACACUACAAUUAAUUAUACUUUAGCAAAAUGUGUAAUAAGCUAGAGAUGGCAAUGGGGUGCUGAAAACUAAGCCCAUAUCAGGGAGUUGUGCUGUAGUGCUACAGUAGACCCUCAAUUCAGCAUGAGAUGGUACCAAAGGAACUUGUGCUAUUUCAAUAGGGCAUAUUUAACUAGAACAGAAAAGAAACACUUUAAACUAAAUAAACCCCCACCCAAUUCAACAUGGUUGCAUUCCAGAGGAAGGUGUUGAAUAGUGAAAUUGUUGAAUAACACACCUAGUUUUCCCAUAGGUAAAAGCUAAGUUAGGGAAAUGUGCUAAGAACCUCUCUCCCAGUAUUCGGGGAUUCACUAUUCACAGAUUCUCACAUUCGCGGAUUUUCCCCCAUUUGCACAGAGGUGGCCGCAGAGGAAUUUUCGCAGCACCACUCCUAACACUCAUGGUCCACCUGUGGGCAAUUUGGUGGUUUAUAAGGGAAGGGCGAUACUGGAAUAAUCACACUGAUGUGUCCUUCUUGAUAUGAAUAAAACCCACACUUGCAUAUGAGAUAUACAUUUACCAGAUAGUUUUGGUGGACACUGCUACCAUCUUCAUUGGUAAAAAGCAGGAAAGGGAGUGAUUCAAGUCAUUGCAGAUCUCAUUUUGUUCAAAGAUAAAUGAGUAAACUGGAGAGGGCAGGGCUGGGAAGGGUGGGGAAAUUCCUAUCAGGCAGGUCACCUUGUGGGAGUGAGGUAACCUCCCCUCCCCUCCCUCGCACUAUUAUGAACAGCUGGAGAUAUUAGAGGGAGGGAAGUGACCCCUCAACCAGUGACCUCAUUACUGGAUCUAGAUUGAACGUAUCUUUGUUUAAAUUAACAUUGUUAAUACACAUUGCUUCAAUGACACAUUUUUUUUUUUUUUUUGUAAUGAUAACAAAAAACAUUGUGUUAUUGAAGUAAUGUGUAUUGAGAAACAAUAUUAAUUCAAACAAAGGUACUUUCAAGUUAAAUCCAGUUAUGAGGCCACUGGUGGAGAGGUCUCUUCCCUUCCAUUUAAACCCCCCAUCUGUCCCUUGCAGUGUAGGGUAAGGCAAGUGACCUGACUCACUCCCACUAUAGGAACUAUCGGAUAGGGGGUUCCCUACCUCUCCCCAUCCCACCUUCAUGUUUACCCAUUUGUCUUUGUAUAAAAUGAGAUCUGUACUGAUUUUCCUGUCCACUGAAACUGGUAAAUAUGGCCCCUCAAAACAACGGCACGGAUCUGAUCUGCCAUUGUUUACGCCAAGGCUGCCAAAACAGAAACGAGCAAUGAAAGUGUAGAAUAAUGCGUGGAAGGGCACCGUAUUUACCUAUUUGAAGCAUACAGGGCCUGAGCUAGGCUCAGAUAGUCCUGUCUCCUUGUCUACUUUUAUCCAAUCUUUUUUUCAUUUGAUGGACACUCUUCGCCUCUGCCACUUCCUCCUCCAAACUGUUCCACAAAUCCACACUUCUAUGAGGAAAGCUGUACUUUUUGUCUCUCAAGCAUGUUCCCUUUCUCAGCUUCUUGUUGUGUCCUCUCAAUCCUCUUCUUUGCUCUCUCUCCAUCAAGUCGUCUCUAUCUACCUUAUCCAUACCACUCAUCAACUUGAACAACAUAAUCAAGUCUCCUCUUUCUCUCCUCUGUUCCAAAGUUGGCAGGUUCAUGUGUUCCAGUCUUUCUUCAUAUGGCAGAUCUGAGAGUUCAGGUACCAUUUUUGUUGCAAUUCUCUGAAUCGUUUCUAGUUUCUUUACAUCCUUUUUUUUGAGUGUGGGGACCAUACCACUGCUGCAUACUCUAACUUUGGUCUAAUCAUUGCCUUUAUUAUCUUUGUCAUCAUAUCUAUAUCCAUAUAGUGGAAUGCAAAUCUAACAUUUUACAAUAGUCUGUAUGUAUCACCAAAUAUCCUGUUUGUGUUUUCUGGUGUCAAAGAAUCCUGAACUGUCACUCCCGGGUCUUUCUUUUCCUUAACCACACUUAUGUCUCUUUCAACCAUUUUAUAUUGUUUCAGAGGUCUAUUUUUACCUUUUCCCAUCCUCAAUAUGUGACAUUUGUUUGCAUUGAAUUCCAUUUCCCAUAUGUUGCUCCACUCACACAUAUUGCAUUCAGAUCCUCCUGCAAUCCCUUUCAAUCUUCCACCAUCCCCAUCCUUCUUUGCAGCUUUGCAUCAUCACCGAACAAGCUCAUGUAACUUUUUACUCUUUCUGGUAUGUCGUUGAUAUAAAUCAAGAACAUUAUUGGUGCGAGUACACAUCCCUGCGGCACUCCACUUGUCACUUCUCUCCAUUCUCAUUUUUCAUCCCUUACCACUGUUCUCAUUUCUCUUCCUACCAGAUACUCCCUCGUCCAGUUUUUCAUACUGCCUCUGUCCUCCUCUAUACUCUAAUUUCCACAAUAGUCUAUUAUGUGGCACUUUAUCAAAAGCUUUUUGCAGAUCUAGGUAUAUACAAUCCAUCAAUCCAUCUCUUGUAUUGUAUCUAUUAUUCUCGAGUAAAACUAAUCAAAUUUGUGACACAUGACGUUCCUUGCCUAAAUCCAAAUUGGCUCUCAUUUAUUAAUUUUUCUCUUUCCAGAUGUUCAAACCACUGUUUUUUUAUAAUUCUUUCACACAUUUUACAGAUCACACUUGUGAGUGAGACUGGUCUAUAAUUUAAUGGCUCAUGUCUGUUCCCACUCUCAUAAAUUGGUAUAAUGUUUGCUCUUUUCCAUUCUCUUGGCAUCGUUCCAGACUCUAAUGAAUUUAUAUAAUAAAUUGGCUCUAUCAAUUCUUCAUUGCAUUCUUUUAUCACUUGUCCCGAUACAUCAUCUGGUCCCUUGGCUUUUCUUCCAUCUAGCGAUAUCAUUAAUUUUCUCAACUCUUCUUUAUCCACUCUUAUCAUCAUUCUUUUAACUCCAUCCUCUCUCUCUUCUGUUUGAAAUUCAGUUUCUUGAGUGAACACUUUUUGAAAAUUUAUAUUCAUCACCACUAAUUUACUUGUCCUUAUCAUAAGUUGUGUCAUUUCCUUUCAUCACUGUUAUUCUCUCUUUUCUUCAGUUUUCUGUUUACAGUACCCUCUCGAGUUUCGCGCUAUCCAAGUUUCACGAUCCUCGAGUUUCGUGGUCUGUCCUAAAUUCUUACCAUCCCAACUUUUGUGCAUUAUCACCCUGAGUUUUGUGCUGCUUUGACAUUAACGUCUACUUAACAUCGGCAUCAAGCACGCUACCUUAAAAGGUAGUAUCACACUCGACGUUUUCCCCCAAACAUUGUGACUACGGCAAGAGAGAGAGAGAGAGAGAGAGAGACUUAUUAACACGUUAACCGCAUUUGAACUUCCCGCCGCGUCCUCCCUGUCACGUUUGGUUCAACUCGGUGCAACCUCAAUACCAUGCGAGCCCCUGACUCGAGAGGUGUGUAGCUUCCCUCUGGUUAUGAGCCCCUCUCGUGAAAGGUGAAAUAGAGAGGAUGAAAAACAGGAGAAAGGAGAAGGGUGUGGGGAGGGUGGGUCAGAAAGGAGUCAGGUCAGGGCUUUGGUCAGGACAUGAUCUGACUGAGGUCAGGUCAUGUCCAUACCUGUCACACACAAACAGAAGGUGAAAUGAGAAGGAUGUGGGGAGGAUGGGGCAAAAAGGAGUCAGAUCAGGGCUUUGAUCAAAACAUGACCUGACUCAGGUCAGGUCAUGUCCUAACUUGACACACACACACACACACACACACACACACACACAGAAGGGGAAUGAGAAUGGUGUGGGGAGGGAGGGACAGAAAGGAGAAUCAGAUCAGGGCUUUGGUCAGGAUAUGACUUGACUCAGAUCAAGACAUGACCUGACUCUCCCUUCUGCCCCUCCCUCCCCCCACCCUUCUCAUUUCCUUUUCUCUGUGUAUGUGUCAUGACAUUACCUGACUCUCCCUUCUGCCCCCCCCACCCCCCACCCCACACAUCCUUCUAAUUUCCCCGUAUGUGUGAGACGCACACCCGGAAAAGUUGCCGGUUACCCAAGCUGCCGCCAACGCAGUGGGAGGAAAAAGGCCCAAUGUGACACCAGCUUACAGACAACAGACAACUCUCUCCCGGAUGGGCAUUGCCAGUAGCCACAACGGUUAGAAGAAAACGGCCAGUGUGACACCACCUUUAGGCAGUGAUGCCACUGAUUGGGUUAGCGCCAGCGAUGAGGUCAUCGGACUCCCAGCGAAUCACAAGCAUGUUUUCGGAGUUCAGCCAAUCGUAAGGCUUCAUCUGUGGCUUUAAAACAACCCGUUCUCUCUUCCUGUUUUCUUCCUUUUUCCAUAGUACAUAUUUUGAGAUAACAAGGGAGUAAAGGAGGAAAAAAAGUGAGCUCUGGGGGACAGCAUGAGCCAAUUAUAAUGGCACCACAAUAAACAGUUGCCUGUGCCAUGAUGGGCUCGGGGCCGACCAUCAGGCCCAGAUGGAUAGUCUACUGGCACCAUAGGCCACAUGUAUAAAAAAAUUAUAAAUAAAUAAAAAAAAUAAAAAAAUAAA